AAAAAGUCAAUUGUCAAUGUCAAUGAAGUAAAUAAUAAAAAAUCAAACAUUAUCAUGUAUCCUUGUAAAACACAAUAAAUUACUAAGAUAUGGCCUUGUUUUCAUGCCAUUAUCUACCCACAAAUCGUUUUAGUUCCGUUUCGUUGUUGUAACAUUGAUAAGAGGUCGUGUAGUGCUCAUAGUGCGUCGGCGGCGCGCGAUGUCGCUGGCGGAGUACCUGAGCCCCGCGCGGGUGUACCGCGAGGUGCUGCGGCGCCCGGUGGCGGAGUUCGUGCGCGCGCAGGCGGAGGGCUACCGGCGGCGCGGCGCGGCGGGGCUGCGGGGGGCGCGCGAGGCGCUGCUGCGCGCCGCCGUGGUGGCCGUGUUCGUGUCCGCCAUCCUGUGGCUGUCCGUGUUCAUGUACGUGGUGUUCUACUACACGUACAUGCCCAACGUGACGCACGUGCGGCCCGUGCACCUGCAGUUCAAGGCGUGCGAGGAGGCGGCGGGCGCGUGCUCGUUCCCCGCGGCGCACGUGCAGCUGGCGCGCCGCGGCCGCGUGCUGAUGGCGGCGCAGCCCUACCGCGCGCGCCUCGUGCUGGACAUGCCCGAGUCGCCCGUCAACAAGGAGCUGGGCAUGUUCAUGGUGUGCGCGCAGCUGCGGGCGGCGGGCGGCGCGCUGGUGUCCGCCUCGUGCCGCGCCGCCAUGCUGCGCCACCGCUCGCGCCUGCACAUGCUGCUCCGCACUGUCAUGCUGGCCCCCCUGCUGCUCGCCGGCUUCAAUGAGGAGAAGCAACAGCUGUCUGUCGAACUGUUCAGUGACUUUGAAGAUGAUGAGGAUUUGCCAGUAACUGAUGCAUAUGUUGAGCUGCAAUCCCGAUUUGCUCAGGUCUACUCAUGUGAAUUACAAAUAGAAGCACAUUUCAGUGGGCUGAGAUAUGUCAUGUACAAUUGGCCGAGGGUCUCAGCGGCCGUAGGCAUCAGCACAAACUUGUUUUUUGUAUCUCUGAUAUUCAUUCUAAGUUGGUAUCACCUGCAGGAUGGGCUGCCAGACUUUAUUAAGAGUAAAUUCUCCAUGGACAGUCCUGCAGAUGAUGACCUCAAGGAGGAGCCCGGCUUCACCUUCACCGGGAAGGUCAAGUUGGAGAAAGAGGACUCCUCAUCAACAUUCUUUGAUGAUGAUAAUUUCUUAGAGGAGUUACAACUUGUCCCCAAAGAGGAAAAUACAAUGACUGAAUGAGGUUAGACUAAUAAUAAUUGAAGAUAAUAAAUAAUGCUGUUGGAUAACAGAAGUGAUAAUAUUUUAUUGUUGUUACAGUUAAAUUGGGAAUUACUUAUUUUUAUCAUGGGACUGUAGGGCUGUAUAUUUGUAAUUAUUGUUAUUCCUAGGCUUUAAAUCUAAUGUAGGGAAGGCAUUUUCAGGGAAAUACACACUUUUAUAGAAAAUAUAUAAUAAUGAACAAGUCUUUAUGUUAAAAGCUACUUAUGCAUUUAUGAAUUUUAAAUUUAUAUGUAGCAUUAUAUUAAUAAGUAAUAUCUUAUCAUGCUUUAUUGCAUGUAGACCAAACCUGUAAAAGUACACUUUAUAAUUCCAUUGAAUUUAAUGAACAAAUAAAUUAGUGCCAGAAUGUUUUGAUAAUCUUUACAACAUAUUUUUGUUAUUUUAGUGUAAGGGAUUUAUAUUUUUUUAGAUAAAUGUUGCACUUU